GCUGUGGUGGUCCGGGAAACAGCUGCAUAUCCAGGAUCGCCCUCUCCCUGAAAAGUGUGGUAUUCUUGCAUCGACUGAGUCCAUAGGAAAGUGUUUGCCAGGAGCUGUUACUCUGCAGAAAUGCUGUGUGUGCAGAUCCAACUCCUGGUUUGUUCCAUGCUGCUAGUUUGCUGCAGUUUGGCUGAAGACGAUGCAGCUUUGAGUCAAGACCAAGUGCCCUACUUUUUGAACAAAGGGAUGUUUAUCAUCCAAAGUGAACAUCUCAACCUGUGCAUUAAAGCAGAUACAUUUAGACUUGUUCUUGAAGACUGCAAUCAACUUUCCAAAUAUAUGUUGUGGAAAUGGGUAUCGAAACGUCAUCUUUUCAACAUAGGCAGAAGCACUUGUCUAGGACUGAACAUCAGUAAUGAAGAGCAACCAUUAAGCCUGUUAGAAUGUGAUUCUGCUCAGCAUUCAUUAUGGUGGAACUGUAAGGGAAAGCUGUUGGUUGGUGCAUCACAAUACAAACUAGCAGCUGAAAAUGGCAAACACGUUGUGGUAAAAAGAAUCACUAAUCACGAGUGGAAGCAGUACAUGUCCUAUGAUGAAGAUCUUUGUGAACGUCCAUUUCAAGAAACAUAUACCCUGCUGGGAAAUUCUCUUGGUCUCCCUUGUAUUUUUCCAUUUAAAUAUAAGAACAAAUGGUACUACGAAUGCACCAGAGAGAGCAGGGAAUUUUACUGGUGUGCCACAACAAGUCAGUAUGAACGAGAUGAAAAAUGGGGGUUUUGCCCAAAUGCUGAGCCUGGUAGUGAUAUUUUUUGGGAGAAGAACCCUGACACCCAAAUUUGCUACCAGUUCAAUCUUUUUUCUAUUCUUUCUUGGAAUGAGGCACGUGUUGCCUGUCAGACACAAGGAGGAGAUUUGCUGAGUAUUACAGACAUGGCAGAACAGAAGUAUAUAAGUGAGAAGUUAAGCACUAAAGGAAUUCUGCUAUGGACAGGGCUAAAUAGACUGGAUGAAUCUUCUGGCUGGCAGUGGUCCGAUGGAGCAUCAUUGGCAUUUGUGAACUGGAGAUCAAGUCUCACCAAUAGCGCACUUGGAGAAAAUCACUGUGUGGUGUUUAAUUCAAAGGCGCAGUAUGACUGGCAAAGUUAUAAAUGUGAAUCUGGAUUGCCUUAUGUAUGCAAAAAAUAUGGAAAUAGUACAGAAUAUGAAACAUUUGAUAUAUGGAAGUAUCAUCCUACCCGCUGUAACACUGGCUGGUAUCCCUACAACCGCAACUGCUACAAACUUCAUAAAGAGGAAAAGAGCUGGAAUGAGGCUUUACUCUCUUGCAAGACUGAUAAUAGCAAUCUCAUUAGUAUAACUUCCUUGGCAGAUGUGGAGUUAUUUAUUAACCUUCUUGAAGAUGAAAAUGUAACCGAAACAUGGAUUGGCUUGAACAGUAAUAAAACCCCAGUUAUUUUUCAAUGGUCUGAUGGCUCCUCAGUAACCUUCACUAACUGGCACAAACAAGAGCCUAAUAUCUUUCAGAGAACAAGUCAACUUUGUGUUUCAGCACAAGGAUCUGCAGGACACUGGCAAGUUAAAAAUUGUGAGGAUAGAUAUUUUUACAUUUGUAAAAUAGCAGGACAGCUUGAAAAUGACACGUCCAAGGAGGAAUCAGACUGUCCAGGCGGAUGGGAGAGACAUGGUGGAUUUUGUUACAAAAUCGACAAUACCCCUCGAAGUUUUGAACAUGCUUCCAGUGGCUAUUACUGUCCUCCUUCACUCGUAACAGUAACAAACAGAUUUGAACAAGCUUUUAUCAACAGUAUGAUUCGUAGCAUGGUGGAAACUGAUAACACCUAUUUUUGGAUAGCCCUACAAGACCUUAACAAUACAGGAGAAUACUUCUGGCUAACUACAGAGGGGAAGAAUCAGCCUGUGAGCUAUACAAACUGGAACAAGCAUCAGCCAAGCCAUUCUGGAGGUUGUGUUGUUGUUCGCAGAGGGCAGCCUCUUGGUUACUGGGAGGUGAAAAACUGUAAAAGCUUCAAAGCUAUGUCAUUGUGUAAACAAAAAAUUGAAUCAUAUGAAGAAAACGAGCCUAAUUUUGAAGAACCUUUGGAUAUAUGUUAUCCUGGAUGGGAAUCAGAAUCUAAUCUGCUCAACUGCUAUAAGGUAUUUCACAAUGAGAAAGUCCUGAUGAAAAGAACAUGGGAUGAAGCAGAAGCAUUAUGCCAAGAUCUUGGAGCACAUCUUGCCAGCUUUACCCAUGUCUAUGAAGAGGAUUUUUUGAACACGUUUUUAAACAAAAUGUUUGAUCGGGCUGAAGAAAGACAAUUCUGGAUUGGAUUUAACAAAAGAAACCCCUUGUCUGGAGGAACAUGGGAGUGGUCUGAUGGAACUCCUGUUAUAUCUGCAUUUUUACAGAGCAUAUAUGUUGAAGAUGAUUCUAGAAAUUGUGCUGCAUACAAAGUAAAUAGAACAAUCCUACCAUUGCAUUGCAAUGGGAAGCGUGAAUGGAUAUGCAAAAUACCAAAAGGUGUUAAGCCAAAGAGUCCACAGUGGUACAUAAAUGAACCACCAUGGUCUUAUUAUCAAGGAGCAGAAUACCUCUUUCAUAUUAGUGCCUCAGAGUGGACCAUCUUUGAGUUCAUCUGUGGUUGGCUUCGUGGUGAAAUAGUCACAAUACAAUCCUCUAAUGAACAAGAAUUUAUUCACAGUAGAAUAAAACAGCUAUCAAAAAAUGACAUACGCUGGUGGAUUGGAUUGCACUCUGAAGUAUCUAGUGAUGGAUUUCGGUGGAGAGAUGGGUCACCAUUAGUAUAUGAGAACUGGAAUGAAGGAAAAGAAAGAUCUGUGCGCACACAAGGUGAAAGAUGUGGCUUCAUUUCAUCACAGACAGGACUCUGGGGUGAUGAAAACUGUACCAUUUCUCUUCCUUCUAUUUGUAAGCGUAAAAUUGUAUGGAUAAUAGAGAGAGAAAUUCUAAAAAACCAGAACCAGCAAGGAGUAUGUCCCAAAGGAUGGCUGUACUUUGGAUUCAAGUGCUUUUUGAUACAAAUUCCAAAGGAUCCAGACCAUCUGACGAACUGGUAUUCUGCCCAAACUUUCUGCAGUGAACAGGAUGGGUCACUAGCUUCUAUUGAAAAUGAAGUAGAACAAGCUUUCGUAACAAUGAAUCUGUUUGGACAGAAGACUAGUGUUUGGAUAGGUCUGCAGAGUGAUGAUUAUGAAAAAUGGGUGAAUGAACAUCCGAAGGUAUAUUCCAAUUGGUCUCCAGUUGAAGUAGUUCAUGGUCAGAGAUAUAACAGUGCUAAUAUUCAAGAACAAGUUCCGUUGUGUACCUUGGUAUCAAAUAACCCUAAUUUUCAUUUUACGGGAAAAUGGUACUUAGAAAGCUGUCAGAAAAAUUAUGGUUUUAUCUGCCAAAAGACUCAAGAUACAUCCAAACAUGCCAUAGAUGCAUCUGAGAUGUAUCCAGUACCAGAUACUUUAGAAUAUGGAAACAGAACAUAUAAACUAAUACAUGGGAAUCUGACUUGGUUUGCUGCUUUAAAAACCUGCAUGGCAAAUGGAACUGAAUUGGUCAGCGUUACGGACCAUUAUCACCAAGCCUUCCUCACUGUCAUUGUAAACAGACUAGGAUACGCCCAUUGGAUUGGACUGUCUACCUCAGAUAAUGGGCUUAACUUUGAGUGGUCAGAUGGUACCAAGUCUUUGUUUACCUUUUGGGGAGACGAGGAGUCACAGUCACUGGGCAGCUGUGUUUAUAUUGAUAUUAAUGGGCAGUGGAAAAGUGCUAACUGUGAAAGACUUCUACAAGGAGCAGUUUGCCAUGUGCCAACUGAAAAGAAACUAAUUGAAUACAGAGGCUUAUGCUCAGAAAAAAAUGUCACCUGGAUAAAAUUUAGAAGCAAUUGCUACAGGUUUUCCACAGUUUUCGAGAGUACAAGUUUUGAUACAGCAUAUGAAUUUUGCAAAAAGCAAGGAUCUAACCUUUUAACUAUUAAAGAUGAAGAUGAAAAUGCUUUCGUUCUGGAAGAACUGCACCAUUUUGGUUCUUCUGUCCAAAGGAUUUGGUUGAACAUUCAGUUUGUUGUGGACAAUGACACAGUAACAUGGAUUGAUGGUUCUCCCUUAAAUUAUUCAAACUGGGGCAUCAGGGAGCCUGACUUGGAUCAUCUCAAAGGGAAUUUUUGUGUUGCUUUGAGGACCACAGAUGGAGUAUGGCAAUUAUCUCCCUGCAGAGAGAAAAAGGGAUUUGUAUGUAAAAUGGAUACAGAUAUCUUUGCAACAGUGCAAACAGUAAAAGCAUCACACAGUGGGAUCGUAGCUCUAGCUGUAAUGGUGACACUGGUGAUGGUGGCUGCUAUGUCUACAUUGCUGUGGUGCCUGUACAAACAGAACAACAGUCUCUUCAAUAGAGUACAAUGGUUCAGAAAUCCAGGUUAUUCACAAAUGAACUCUGAAGAUCUAGCUGUGGAAGAAAGCAUCCUCAUUUCUGAUCUUGAGAGAAAUAGUGAAAAUUAAUGGUGCAAGGACCACCAAAAUAAUUGCAUUUAAUACAGAUAAUACAAAGAAACUCUACAGACUAGUUCAUUUUAUGAACUAGUUACUACCUAGGACCAAAUCACACCUCAGUUUUUUGCAAUGGACAAAAUGAAGAGUGGAAAAACCAUUCAAAGGAGCAAAUAUCUGUCAAAAAGAAGGGGAGUGAAACCUAAGUAGCAGCUGUAUGUCCCCUCCCUCUGCUCCGGUGGUAGCUUCUCUGUGUGAAUUCUCUGCAAUAAGUCCUCUGCAGAUUUUUAGGGAGCACAAAUGGGCAGAGAGGGGUUAGAACCAGGAAACACAUGGUAUUCUCAGCAUCAGCCCAUCAGCAUUAACUUGGGUAGGUUUGCUCUCCAUUCCUGGAAACUCCUGUGGAAAAUGGGUUUGCUGAUUAAGAGCAGGUUUCCUUUGAAGCUCUGCUAGGGGAUGGAUUGUUCAAGGAUUAUCACUCUCUGUGAUGAUGCAAAAACCAGGAUGUUUGCCUCUUCUGUUCUUACAGAUUCAAGUACACAGGGCUCAAUCCUGCUCCCAUUGAAGUCAAUAGUAAAUCUCCCAUUGACUUCAGUGGUACAGUUCAGGCCCUGGGAUGGAAACCUGUUCUAAUUUGAUUUUGAUUCAAUACAGUUUAAGUGACCAGCCCUAGGAGAAUCACAGUGAGUCUUUCCCUUGUGAGAGAACCUAGAAUUCUCCAGUUGCUUGAAGAUCCUCAGGGUAGGCCCACAGAUCUCAGGACCUGCAAAACCUCUCAUACUACAUGGGACAAUUUAACAGAAACCCUAUGGCCUGAAGGCAGCAGAGAUUUUUCACUUAGCUUUGUUCCUUCUGUGUAUUUUGUUGUUUUUUGUUGCAUUUUAUUUUACACAGGAGGCAAAAUCUGGCCAUAAUUAACACUAAAUUUUUGCCCUGAUUUCAGGAAAUUUAAAACAUAAUCAGAUUACUACAAUAAUCUUUUGAUCAAUACCCAGUUUUGUGCAAAGAGAAUGACACUAGUAUCAUUUUUCAGACAUAGGAAUACCCUAUGUAGAUUUCCAGCAUGUGGAGAAGUAGAGCCAUUCCUGGUUGGUCUGCUUGCCUGUUUUGUUUAGGGGUUUUUUGGUUGGUUGGGCUGGGGUUAGGUUUUUAUUUGGUUUAAUUUUGUUCGUUUGUUUUGCAAAUAUAAAAUUAUGGGGGGGGGGGGGAAUUGGGAGUGUCAGAAUUGACCAGUUCAGUCCACCAUUCCUACCUUAUUGUUAAAACUGAAAUACUUAAAACUUGCCAUGAUGUACAGACUUUGACUUCUUCACGUUGUUAGUAUAAUAACAGGAGUUACUCCAAGUUACCUGUUAAAGAUUAAACUUUGAGAUAACACACUUGUUGGGGGCGGGGAGGGGGUUUCUGCAACAAACUAAGCACCUUGCUUUAAUCGUAUUUUUUUAGUCAGUGUCUGUAUGAAGAAACUGAUUAUAAUCAGUUUCACUCAAGCUAUGGUAAGAACUUCCUUUACUUUUCUCUUACAUAAGGAAUUACUGUUACACCACCUAAUUCUCAUAAUUACAGUUAGCACUAGCCCAGGACUAUAAAUGUUGAUUGUGUUUUCUGUUCUUCCUUGUAUUGAACUUCUGUUUCGAUUCCUCUAACUUGCUUUUCCUGGAUCACAGCCAUUUUGUAUUAUUCCUAAUCUGAAAAUUUGGUGAACACAUUUUCAUUCUGAUUCAUACUAAUAUUGAUGAUAUUGGCAAUUUGUUUCACUGUUAUUUCAGCUGGAAAGUUAAAAUAGUGUACAAAAAAAUAAUGCUCUUCUGUAUAGUUUUUUUCUUCCUUAAUCUUUCUCAUUUUAAAAUUGUGUUUGAGCCAAGUUCACCAUUGACAGAAGCAGGCACAAAACACUGACUGCAAUUAAAUCACACCUAUUUCACCAA